AUGUGGCGGCUGAGGAUCGCGGAGGGCGGGGACGACCCGUGGCUGCGCACGACCAACGGCUACUUGGGCCGCCAGGUGUGGGAGUUCGACGCCUCCGUGGAGCCCGACCCCGAGGAGGUCGCCGCCGUUGAGGCCGCGCGCCAGGGGUUCGUCGCGCGGAGGCACCAGCUCAAGCACAGCGCCGACCUCGUCAUGCGAAACCAGUUUGCUAAAGCAAAUCCUCUUGAGCUGGACCUUCUUGCUGUCAAGCUGGAAGAGCAUGAAGAUGUUACUGAGGAAGUUGUAUCAACUACUUUGAAAAGGGCCAUCAGUCGCCUUUCUACUCUCCAGGCACAUGAUGGACACUGGCCGGGGGAUUAUGGUGGUCCAAUGUUCCUUAUGCCAGGCUUGAUUAUAACCUUGUAUGUGACUGGAGCACUGAACACUGUCUUAUCAUCAGAACAUCAGAUUGAGAUCCGCCGGUAUCUCUAUAAUCAUCAGAACGGAGAUGGAGGCUGGGGUUUGCACAUUGAGGGACCAAGCACCAUGUUUGGUUCAGCCUUGACCUAUGUCAGUUUGAGAUUGCUUGGAGAGGGAACAGAUAGUGGAUAUGGAGCUAUGGAGAAAGAUCGAAAUUGGAUUCUAGACCAUGGAGGAGCAACGUUUGUACCAUCAUGGGGAAAAUUUUGGCUCUCGGUACUUGGUGUAUUUGAUUGGUCUGGUAACAACCCAGUGCCACCAGAAGCAUGGUUGCUACCAUAUUGCCUGCCAUUUCAUCCAGGGCGAAUGUGGUGUCACUGUCGAAUGGUGUAUUUGCCAAUGUGUUACAUUUAUGGAAAGAGAUUUGUCGGACAAGUUACGCCACUUGUUUUGGAAUUGAGAAAGGAACUUUACAAAGGCCCCUAUAAUGAGAUUGAUUGGGACAAGACUCGCAAUCAAUGUGCUAAGGAAGACUUGUACUAUCCGCAUCCAUUCGUUCAAGAUAUCUUAUGGGCCACUCUCCAUAAAUUUGUUGAACCACUUAUGAUGCAUUGGCCUGGGAGCAAACUGAGGGAGAAAGCUUUGGAAACUGCCAUGAAGCACAUUCACUAUGAAGAUGAGAACACUCGAUACAUUUGCAUUGGUCCUGUAAACAAGGUAAUGAAUAUGCUUGCGUGCUGGAUUGAAGAUCAGAACUCAGAGGCAUUCAAACUCCAUAUCCCACGAGUCUAUGAUUACUUGUGGAUUGCUGAAGAUGGCAUGAAGAUGCAGGGUUAUAAUGGCAGCCAACUUUGGGACACAACUUUCACUGUUCAAGCCAUUGUAGCUGCCAAUCUUAUUGAAGAGUUUGGUCCUACCUUAAACUAG